GUUGCAUUAUUGAUACAAUUGGCUAUUCAGUAAAAUUUACUGGGAUACAGCAGCUGUCACAAUCAUAAAUACUAUUAUUAAUUCCAAUCAAAACCGCCUAAAGAAAACAUACUUAUAUUUAUGUAUUGAUAUGUACAAAAAAUGAAUCAUUCAUUGAAUUCGAUACUGUCAACGACUGUGAGAGUGUAAAUAAAUGUGUGUGUAUGUAGAAGUCUUUUAUAUACAACCACAUUCAUACAUAUGCACUAUAAAUUGCAAAUAAAACGAAAUGUCAACGUUUUCAGGUAGCAAAAAAAUGAUUUGUAAAUAAGCAAAGGUCUGCAUUUUAUAUGAGAAUUAACUAACCGUUGUAAGGAAUAUUAUACAAGGAUAUAUCUGUGUGCUGAAUGUUGCGACUAAGCAAAACUGAUUUAACGAACACCCUUUUGAGAAAACAUGCAUUUGUUUGUUUACAAACUGUUGGCGCUCGACAAAAGGAGACAUCGGCGGUGCGAAAAGCAAAUACGACUACGUAAUACACAUUGCAGGCCGCCAUAAAUUUGGCAUUAUAAAAGGAUCGUAAGUGUCAGUAUCUGGACAGUGUACUUGCACGAGUUAUUUAGCGCGGUGAUUCGAAAUUCUCAUUCACAUACGCUCAUUCAUGCAUACGUAUGUAUGUAUAUAUGUGUGUAUAACGGUGGUAUACUAACCAGAUGAAGCUAUGAUUUACUACGUUUUAUUGCUGCUUCCAAUGUACUGCAUCGAGGCUAAAGUACCACAACAACAAUGGCACUAUCGCAUGAUUUCAAAUACAAUAACAAACACAGACAUGAACUUAGCAGAAAUCGGAGAAGAACUUCAUAGAUACACCUUGCAUAUACCCUAUCUCAAAGUGCUGUUGCGUGCUAAGCAUUUGGAACGCGAUGACGCUAAUCCCUAUGUGCGUUGGUUUCUUCGUCACAGUAGCUUGCCGGUAAUUGUUAACGCCUAUGACGAGUUGGAACUCAGCAAUGGCACAGAGUCGUCAGCGUCAGUUGGGAGUGAUCGCGAUAGUUUCGUCAUUAUGACGGAUUCUGAGCAAAUACAUAUGGUUGCACAGCGUUUCGUACAACGAGCGGGGCUAUUCUUUUUCAUACUUUCUGAUGCGCAAUUGCCAACAGAUGGUAUCAAGCUGUAUCACGCUUUCAAUACGUUAUGGAUUAAAUAUAGAGCUUUCAAGAAUUUUCUGCUCACAGUUGAGGGUAUUUUCUAUUUUAAUCCUUUUGACUACAGUGAUGUCCAGCAAAGCUAUGGAAAAUUUGUUCGUUAUAAGCACAAAGAAUCAUUGGAUACUGCCUUGUUUCGGGACAUGCGCGGCUAUCCGUUGCGUGUGCAAAUUUUCAAAUCAGUUUAUGCUCGGCCAAAUUUUAAUUUGAGCAACCCAUCGAUAAAGGAAGUUUAUGGUGUGGAUGGACGUGUAGCAGAACUUUUGCAACAACGUAUGAACUUCACAAUGGUCUUGCAAGAGCCAGAUCCCAACUAUUUUGGUGAACGUUCCACAGAUGGUAAAUAUAACGGUGCUAUCGGUUCAAUUAUUGAGGAUAAGAUCGAUAUAUGUCUCACUGGUUUCUUUAUAAAGGAUUAUUUGGUGGGAGAUUACAUGGAUUUUACGGUAGCCGUUUACGAUGACAAAUUGUGCAUUUAUGUGCCAAAAGCGCAGCGCAUUCCUCAAUCCAUUCUUCCGCUGUUUUCGGUGCGUGUAGACGUUUGGUUAGGCUUCAUACUGGCUGCUUUCGCCUGCUGUGCUAUUUGGUGCAUAAUACGAUACCUAAAUAUAUGCCUAGACAUAAAAAAAUGCGCCAACACACCGCUGAAUCGAAGUCAAUGGGGUCAAUUCGUCAGAAUUUACAUAGACACAUGGGUGCUUUGGGUGCGAGUCAAUCUGGUGCAAUAUCCACCUUUCAACUCGGAACGUAUCUUUAUAGCGUCAUUAUGCCUGGUGAGCGUUAUAUUUGGCGCUGUCUUCGAGUCCAGUUUGGCCACAGUGUUUAUACAUCCGUUAUAUUAUAAUGAUAUAAACACAUUGCAACAACUCGAUGAAAGUAAUCUAAAAAUCAUAUACAAAUACUCAUCGAUGGCGGAUGAUCUAUUUUUCAGCGAAACAUCGCCACUAUUUGCAAAUCUCAAUAAGAAAUUGGUACAUGUGCAGAACUUAAACGCCGAUGUCAUAUUGGAUAUUGCUAAAAGUGGUGGAAAAGCCGCGGUCUCACGCGCCAAUUCACUUUUAUUAGAAUCAUUGCAGUUCAUAUUGGCUAAACAAAUUUAUAUUGUGCCCGAAUGUCCAAAAGAUUAUACCAUUUCCUAUGUCAUUCCGAAAGAUGCCCCCUGGGAGGAAGCUGUCAACAAUUUGCUCCUACAAUUUGCUUCUGUGGGGCUGAUCACAAAAUGGAUCAACGACAUGAAAACUGCCGUGGACAUCGGUGUAAUGACGAGCGGCAUGGAUUUCGUGCAGCAAAUCGACGAAUUUAAAGUGCUUACAGUUACCGAUUUACAGUUGGCAUUCUAUGUGGUGAUAUUAGGCAACUUCCUGGCCGGAAUGUCAUUAGUCAUUGAAUUCUGCCUCAAAGGAUGUACCAAACGUAGAAAGACCAAAAUAAAGCAUGAUGGAAUAUAAUGUAUGAUUCGUUGCUGUUAUGUUUCUCAAUAGGUGCAUCGGGAAAAUAUUCAUAUAUAUUAAUAUACACAGAAUUGUGAAAAUGAAUAAAGAUAUCUGCUAUAACACUUACAAUAAA